GGUUCUGAGCAGGGCCGGGUGCUUUCCAAGGCAGGUGGGUGAAGGGAAGAACCUUUGCCCAAGGCGCUAGCGUUUGCCAGGCAAGGCAGGGGUGGCUGUUGCCUUCACUAAACCUGCUGCCAUGUGGCUCAGACCCGUCCUCUGAGGCCCUCCCAGGCUCCUGAUCCACAGCCCGGAGCUUUGGUUAGGUCUCCCAGGCCCACUGUAGGUCUGUGCUGCGGGCCUCUCUCCCAGAGCUGUGGGGAGGCAGGAAAGAGGCCGGAGUUCUCCAUGCCUGCACCUCGGGCCUCUGCUGUGUCCUCGGCCAUGGAACAGCCUUUCUCCUCCCCUCUAUCCCCUGAAGCCCGCUGACUCCCAGGGGCCAGGGCAGGGCUGGACUGAGCGGCGGUCACCACUCUGAUUUGUUGCAGGCCUUGACCUUCCUGACCAGAAAUGAGAUUCUGUGCAUCCACAACACUUUCCUGAAGCUCUGCCCUGAAGGCAAGUACUACAAAGAGGCCACACUGACCGUGGACCAGGUCAGCUCCCUGCCAGCCCUGAGGGGCACAGAAUCUACUCAUCAUCCCUAUGUGCACAACCAUGAGGAGCCUCACAAGGACUGGUUCUCUCAGUGAGAGUCUGCUCCAGGUCAACCCUUUCCGAGACCGCAUCUGCAGAGUGUUCUCACACGACAAUGUGUUCUCCUUUGAAGAUGUGUUGAGCAUGGCAUCUGUGUUCAGCGAGCAGGCCUGUCCCAGCCUGAAGAUUGAGUAUGCCUUUCGCAUCUACGAUUUUAAUGAGAAUGGCUUCAUUGAUGAGGAGGAUCUUCAGAAGAUCGUGUUGCGACUGUUGAACAGCGAUGAUGUGUCUGAGGACCUGCUGAUGGACCUCAUACAGCAUGUCCUGAGUGAGUCUGAUCUGGACAAUGACAACAUGCUGUCCUUCACAGAGUUCGAACAUGCAAUGGCCAAAUCUCCAGACUUCAUGAACUCCUUUCGGAUCCACUUCUGGAGAUGUUGAAGAGGCGGCAGCCAUGAGGGAGACCACCGGAAGCCCUCUCUCCAGAGAUGGGGAGAUGAUCCGAACUCUGACUGUGUCCGUAUCCUCCCCUCUCCCCUACAAUAAAAGCACAGUGUUUUCUUUA